UUCAACCAAUCGACGGAAAUCCAGCCAGAGUAGAGUUACAGAGAGCUUGGGAAAUAUGGCGAAGUAAUGGCGUUUUCCGCCCAGCCGGACCAUGGGCAAACGGGUAGCAAGGAAGAAAUAUUCGCCGGAAUUGGAAAACCCAUACCUAAAGGAAAGAUAAAGUUUGUCCCAAACCCCGCAGCCAAACCGUUUAUACCGAGUUGUAACUUGGAUGUGACCGAGUCUAACAGGACUUCUAGUAACUAUAGGGGGCAAGGUUCGCAUCCACAGGUCCGCUAUGCCAAUGGAGACAGAGCUGAGAUCUUAUCAAACCAGAUGCGAUUUUCAUCAUCAUUGCCACUGUAUAGAAACAGCGACAAUUGCAUCAUUGACAGUCCUCUUCUUCUUCAACACCCUAUGACGAAUGGGAUCUCAAGUGAUGAUACUGAUACACCAACCACCCCUCAGCCCAGCAAACACAUUGCUCUACAUCUGCUCUCCAAAGUCCUGGAUGAUGAAACCAUUUUUAACUUCACCAGUAUUGAUGAGUCAGGCAGUAAUAUGGAGCCUUUUUCACCAGUUGCAGCCAGUUUUCCACCUGGUCAGGGAUUUGAUGGAACAGCUCACUCAUGGCCCAUAGCUUCUCAUCCAACCUACCCCCACCCUGUGACCGUGGACAACAUACCUGGCAUCACCACAGACUUUGGAUCAUUUCCUGGACAAAACAUCUGGUCAAAUGAAUCAAACAAUAACAACACCCCACCUAUAUCACCCUCAUUACAAGAUCCUGCUAGCUCCUUACCCAAGAGACCCAUUCGCCCUACAUCACUGCCAACAUACGAACGUCAGUCUCCCAUGAUUAAUGGUUAUCUGGAUGACCAGUCACCAUACCCUUCCCCUAACGGACAGUCGUACGGGUCAUCAAAUGCUUCACCACACCAGUCAUUCCUGCCCAUCCAGGACCAUUACACCAAUGGCCGAAGCCAGCAAUCCUGCGAAUCUGGAUACUACAGUAACUCUAACAAUGGAUCCUGCUAUGGUGUCCCUGUUUCUCCAUCGUCUGGGGUGGGUUACGUGCCAUCACCCCCAGAACCUUCUCAUGCAUUCAUACUGCCCCUGUCUGGCCCAGGCAGCCAGUUCAGCUCACCCAGCAUGUCACCAUCGUCACCACCUCUUUCUCAUAUUGGGAAAGGGCUCCUUGCCGGUCCUGACACAGAAUACACAGGCAGCCCAGUUCAGUCCAAUAGGGACAAGUGCUUCCCCUCUCCGAGUCACAGGCGGGAGAAUGGGUUCACAAGUCAGGGGUUUCUACAACGCAAAAGUCCCCUGAUGAGUGAGCUGCACGUUGGGUUGGACAAGUGCUGUGAGCUGUUGAGAUUGCUGGAGAAAGAACGAAGAAGAACCGAGGCUGAGGUGUCCCAUUUAUGGUCGGGCCGACGCCUCUCGAACUCUAGUAGUAGUUCAAGUCUACGGUUACCACCCAACGCAUCUCGCGUAGACAAGGUCAUAGUGGACCAGCUAAGAGAACAUUCAAAGGUUGAAACACUCGUGAGUAGAAUUGAGCGAAUUCGCCACUCACCUCUGCAUAUUAGUAUCAGCGAGGCAGUCGACCAAUGGCACCAGAGUAUCUGCGAAGUGCGGGCGAGGAGACAGGACGAGAUCAGUAGCGGUGCAGGGCGCAGCAGGCUGUGUUCUCACCCUAGAUACCAGUCCGAUACUGCUGAUUUGCAGGCUUUGGUUCAGUCUGUUAAGGAGCUGUGUAAUCAGACUCGCCUAGUGCGUACCACAGUCUGGUGUGCGGCGCAGCUUGUGUCAGCAGACUCACUUCCACCGGCACGUCAUGACAGCUUCACGGAGUCUGACACUAGUACGGCGUCCAUGCCUGACGCGCCUCAGUCUCUAGAAGGCACCGGGGAGGUUUCUUGAUAGUGGUGGAGAAUGCGGUCAACAAAAAUUACCUUCGCUGGGGGAAUGAGCCGGCGCAGAUAAAAGCGGAUAGUCAAUCUGAGAAAAAAAUCAGUGGGGAAAUUGAGCGCAGAAUUUGCACUAAUGCACUGCCACGGGAUUGUGACUAUUGUUAGACAUCAGCAGAGUAUAUAGAAAUUACCACAAACGUUAAAUUGGCGUGCAUCAAAAGCAUUCAUGAAGAGGCGCAUCUUGACUGCCGAAUGUUUCAAUAUUACUACCCUUGAAGCCCACUACACGCUCAUUUUUUAAAAAACUCUUGACAUGAGAAUUACACAUUAUGCAGGUUUGACCAGCUACUUUGGGAUAUCAUCAUCUGGCAUAAUACAUGAAUAGGAUUUCCCUUGUGAAGCAAGCAUGAAGCAAGAGUUAUCGUUUUUGUCAAUUUGCCUACGUCAGCUACCAUAUUCUAAUCAAGCAAUGGAGCCAGCAAACAGGGAUGCUUUACGACUAAUUUCUUCUUCGAAAUGCAUACCUGAGCUCGCUAUUUAUGUGUGAUUAUUUAACAGGGUGGUAAACUUGUAUAUUGCCGGGGGCUUUGGAGUGCGAUUGAUAGCUAGAUGGCUAAAUGUCUUAACAGAUAAAGGCUGAACACUAAAUACAGAAACAAUAACAGAACAAUGCAACCAAAGAAUGUUUGGAAGCAUUAACUGCAAGCUGCAUUGCAGUCAUUCGAAUCACUGACAUUUCUCGGUCGGGUUUCUAAUUCCACCAUUCUUUAAAGAAGACAAUGAAAUACAGGUCACGGGUUUUAAUCAAAUGGCAAUGAGAUAUUAUGUGAGAAAUAAAUUUAUUGAUGUGAAAGUA